CAACUGGACGCUUCAAUUAAAGGGGAAAUGUGAAGCGAAUAUAACUCAGCUUUGGCACUCAAAUUGCAAACGCCACCGUUAUAAACUCCUGCAGCGCGCGACUGCGUUACCGGCGUUGCACAACGGGCGCCGAUUGUACGGGGAGCACAUUGAUGUGGCGCACGUCGCAUGGCGUUGGAUAGCAAAGGGUUAAUUUUUUCCACAGCCGACAUUUUCGUUCGGCGCUCUAAUGGCAACUUUUAAACUUUUUAUUUCGUACGCUGCACGCGUGGUCCUUGCCCCUCCACCUACGCUGCGUAUUUCAAACAACAACUUAUUCUAUCAUUGCAUUGUGUGUAUGUUGGCUUCUCCUAGUCGAAUACAGUAUAGCAACACCUUGUGCACACAAUGCGCACAUCACUUCAUGCACGGGUCGGCAGCUAACUGGAGCUAGCGCGAAAAUCGAAUUGUACGCUCAAACACGUCAAUAUGAUUGGAAUACACUUAACACGUUUCUCAUAAUGUAAAGCAUACAUUCUGAUUUUAAUAAAAAAGGUGAACGAUCACUCGAACGAAUAGCUAACCUCGUUGGUGAUUUACGGUUGAAACUUGGAAGCGUUUUGCUUAUUGAACGUUCCCCACUUCGGGUCAUUGGCGGCCUCCUAAAGCUCACCUGGCGAGUGUGUUCAAUAACGGUGGUUUCAUUUUCUUUUUGUCAUCUGGUAAUGCGCUGAUGUUGUCGUGCUUGAAGUUGUCCCCUCAUGGCAUGCGUUGACUCCACAUGUAACGCCUCUUCUCACUGGCUGACCCAGUGGUUGGAAGUAACAAAGUACACAUCUUGAGGUGGCCCUGACUAUCUUCAGACAUGUCGGUGAGAGAGUCCUUUAAUCCCGAGAGCUACGAGCUGGACAAGAACUUCCGGCUCACACGCUUCGCAGAGCUCAAGGGAACGGGUUGCAAGGUACCCCAAGAGGUUUUACAGAAGCUUUUAGAGAACCUACAAGAGAACCACUACCAGGAAGAUGAACAGUUCCUGGGUGCAGUCAUGCCUCGAUUAGGCAUCGGCAUGGACACCUGCGUCAUCCCGCUACGACAUGGAGGCCUUUCACUUGUUCAGACGACAGAUUACAUUUACCCUAUAGUGGACGAUCCCUACAUGAUGGGUCGCGUGGCAUGUGCAAAUGUUCUCAGCGACCUGUACGCCAUGGGGGUGACGGAAUGCGACAACAUGUUGAUGCUGCUGGGCGUCAGCAACAAAAUGUCAGAGAAGGAGAGGGACAAAGUCAUGCCGCUCAUCAUGCAGGGCUUCAAAGAUGCGGCGGAGGAGGCGGGCACGUCUGUGACGGGUGGACAGACAGUGCUCAAUCCCUGGGUGGUCUUGGGGGGCGUCGCUACCACCGUGUGCCAGCCCAAUGAAUUCAUUAUGCCAGACAAUGCAGUGCCAGGAGACGUGCUGGUGCUCACGAAGCCGCUGGGGACGCAAGUGGCCGUGGCUGUGCACCAGUGGCUCGAUAUCCCCGAGAAGUGGAAUAAGAUCAAGUUGGUAGUUACGCAGGAAGACGUCGAGCUGGCCUACCACGAAGCAAUGAUGAACAUGGCUCGCCUCAAUAGGACAGCUGCCAGCCUCAUGCACACGUUCAACGCACAUGCCGCCACCGACAUCACGGGCUUCGGCAUUCUGGGCCACGCCCAAACGCUGGCCAAGCAACAGCGGAGCGAAGUGUCCUUUGUUAUCCACAACCUUCCCGUGCUCGCCAAGAUGGCCGCCGUGUCCAAGGCGUGUGGCAACAUGUUCGGUCUCAUGCACGGCACCUGCCCAGAGACGUCAGGGGGGCUGCUCAUCUGUCUGCCGCGUGAGCAGGCGGCACGUUUCUGCGCUGAGAUCAAGUCACCCAAGUACGGCGAGGGCCACCAGGCAUGGAUCAUAGGCAUCGUAGAGAAGGGCAACCGCACAGCGCGCAUCAUCGACAAGCCGCGGAUCAUCGAGGUGGCGCCGCAGGCAGCCACACAGAGCGUCAACCCAACGCCCGGUGCUACGUCCUAACCCCCCCAAAGGGCCCCUCAUCAUCAUCAUGAUCUUCCUCCUGCUGCAUCUGACGAUGAUUUUGUUUUCAAACAAGCAACUACAGAAACCUGUUAAGAGUGUCCACUCGUUUGACUACUGGCUGGUGUGUAUGUGACAAACAGCUUCACCCAGUGGCUUAGAGUGGCAUUACAAUCCCCAUGGACUCCAAAUGUAAUAAUUGGUCAUUCGUUUGCCUUUUGUGUGGCUUUUUUUCUGUAUUCUGAAGGUGAGAGAAGACAAAAGAUCCACACUGCUGAUGGAUGAUUAGACACGGAUCCUGGUUUGUCAGAACUUUCUCUCAUCCAAAAAGAAGGUCCGUGUCUUGUCGUUUGGUUGGUUUUGUUUGUCCACUUAUGUACAGUUAUGAAGUUCUUUGCUGUAAUGAUGCCUUGAAAGGAACUGUUAGAAUGUUUUUUUUAAUUCAGUUGACUUUUUGUAUUGACCCCCACCAGAAUAAAUACUCAAAUACUAUGAUUUGUUGUGUUCCCGAACGGAUUCUUCCCUCCACGCAUCAUGAUGACAUCAGUGAUGUCUUGUUGAAAUUGACAUGGUAUCACAUCAUGUCAGUAUCAACAAGUAUUGAAUGAUGUUGAGAUUCCCAGUGUGAUAUGUACAUGAAUGCUCCCUCUAACGGUAAAAAGAAUCACUGGCCAAGUUGAGUUCUGUUAACCUUUUAGCACAUUUGCAUUUAAAAACGUUGUUUUAAAACUUAUUUUAAUAAAAUUUGAAUUUAAACUA